AUUUAAUUUAAUGAUUUAAUUUAAUGAUUCAAAUCAACAUAACUACAUAUUUAUAUGACGACAUUGAUGAUUAAUAUGAUGAUAUUUCAUUUUCAAUUCACACUUUUGUUGAUCUGAAAGUUCUGCAAUUUCCAAUAAUUAUCCGCAUUACUUCACUGUCGGAAGUAGUAUUCACUAUUGUUGGAAGAACCAAUAAUUAAAUUGAAUCUUCUGCUGUAUUGCAUUUUUAGUAUAAAAAAAAAGAUACAAUUAUUUUUAUAAUAUCUAAUAUUUGGGCUUUUUUUAUUCUUAUUUUUAAAACUAUAAACUACUUCAAAUGGUUGAUUUAAUAGACACUAAUCUUUUUCAACCAAUUACUGUCGGAAAUGACCUUAAAUUAAACCACAGAAUUGUUUUUGCUCCUUUAACAAGGAGAAGAGCCACUAAAGACCACUUGACAAAUACCAAAUUGAUGGAAAAAUACUAUGAUGAUAGAUCAAAGACUCCUGGCUCUUUAAUUAUCACAGAAGGAACUCUUGUUUCUCCCUUUAUUGGUGGCUCAAGACAUGCUCCGGGAAUUUGGAAUGAAGCUCAAGUUAAUUCUUGGAAACAAAUCAUUGAUAGAGUUCAUGAAAAUGGAUCAUAUGUUUCAAUGCAACUAUGGGGUUUGGGAAGUAGAGCUGAUCCUGAGUGUUUAGCCGAAGAAGGUCAACCAUUUUUAUCAGUUGUUGAUGACACUUAUCCUGAUGAAUUAAUCAAAGAAAAGGCCUUAAAGGUUAAUAAUCCAUUGAAAGCCAUGGAAAUUUCAGAAAUUAAAAAAAUUGUCAAUCUUUAUGCAAAUGCUGCUAAAAAUGCCAUUAAAGCCGGCGCAGACAUUGUUGAAAUUCAUGCUUCUCAUAAUUAUAUUAUUGAUCAGUUUACCUCUCCAGACUUAAACAAAAGAACUGAUGAAUACGGCGGUUCAAUAGAAAAUAGAUCGAGAUUUUUGUUUGAAAUUAUUGAUGCUGUGAAAUUUGCAGUUGGUGAUUCUAAAAAAGUUGCAAUAAGACUCUCUCCAUGGUAUGAUUUUGAUGGUAAAUCCGGUUAUCGUUCUGAUCCACAUCCCAUUGUCACAUAUGGUUAUAUUAUAUCCAAACUACAAAAAAAAACAGAAAACGGCAAUGAUUUGGCGUAUCUCUCCAUUGUCGAACCAAGAGUCAAUGGGAACAGAGAUGCUGAUAUCGACUCUUCAAAAAACGGAAAUAAUGAUUGGAUCCUUAAAAUUUGGAAAGGGACUAUUCUCAGAUCUGGUGGUUAUCUUAUGGACAAAAAAGAAUACAAAACCCUUGUCGAAGAUGUAAAUGCAAAUAAUCGAACUUUAAUUGGAAUUGGAAGAUAUUUUACUUCAAACCCGGACUUGGUGCAAAGAUUGCUGAAAAAUUAUGGAUUAACUGAAUAUGAUAGAUCAACAUUUUAUACUUUUGAAAGUUAUGAAGGAUAUAACUCCUGGAAAAGUUACAAAAGAGUUUAGAUUCGUUUAUAGGUUUUUCUAGCUUAAUUAUAUAUUUAUAAUUUUAAUUGAUUUUCCUAGGGC